AUGGGAAUUGUCAACAGCCCCGACCACCAUUCCAUGAUGAAGGACAUGGGGAUUGUCAACAGGACCAACGACCACCAUUCCCAGUAUGAGACAUGGGGAUGUCAACAGGCCCUUGAACCCACCAUCCAGAUGAGACAUGGGGGAUUUUCAUCACAGAGGUCAAAGAUCGCUGUAUACGAGAAGAUGUGGUCCUAUAUGAAGUCUGCUGAGCCCUCUGUCUUCGCUAAGACCACAGCGGAGGGCGUGGCUCGCGUCCGCAAGUCCAAAGGGAAGUACGCUUUCCUCCUGGAGUCCACCAUGAAUGAGUACACGGAACAACGCAAGCCCUGCGACACCAUGAAGGUUGGAGGCAACCUGGACUCCAAGGGAUAUGGCAUUGCCACACCUAAAGGCUCACAGCUAAGAAGCGCGGUCAACCUGGCCGUGUUAAAACUCAACGAGCAGGGCCUGUUGGACAAAUUGAAAAAUAAAUGGUGGUACGACAAGGGAGAGUGUGGCAGCGGGGGAGGGGACUCCAAGGACAAGUCCUCCCAGGCCCUGAGCCUGAGCAACGUGGCUGGGGUCUUCUACAUCCUGGUGGGGGGUCUGGGCCUAGCCAUGCUGGUGGCCCUGGUUGAGUUCUGCUACAAGUCGCGUGCCGAGGCCAAGCGCAUGAAGGUGGACCUUAGCCCCCCUCACUGCCCCAGCCCCUCUCCCAGCACCCAGAAUUUAGCCACUUAUAGAGAGGGGUACAACGUAUACGGCUCCGAGGGGGUCAAGAUAUAG